AAUCAUCAAAAUUCAGGAACCCGACCAAGUCAUGUACUCGGUCUGAAAGUUAACGCCUAUCAAGUAUCAAAAUGUGAUUUGUCAUUAUUACUUUCAUAAUAUGCUUGGUUUUCAUCUAAUCACAUUUCCCAAUACUAUAAAAAACAAUUUCAAUAUUCCAAACCUGUUUUUGAAAAAAAAAAAUGGUAUCAGACAUUAAGACUGCUUCAACAGUAGCAAAAGCAAAAUAAUAUUGCCGUACGACAUAGAGCUGUGGGACGAAAAUGCAAAUUAAACGAGAGUAAUAAUGUUGAGCGAUUCAUUUUGUUGUUGUUGCGAUGUUGCCGUAAACAGUGACGCAAAAAGGUGUGCAUACAUUGUCACGCAAUUUUUUUGGGCUUUUUCACGUGUAAAUUGAUUCAUUUUUGUUAAAAUGCUUGUGAAAAUAACUAAAUCAAUUCAAAAGGUUCGAAACCUGAAUACAGAUUGCUUUUUAGUUAUGUCACGAUCGAGAAAACCUUUCGAAAAAAUAGCACGUAUUUCAAUAGUUGAACUGAUAGCAUCUGUCCUGGAGUGGCGAACAGAAAAAAAGUGCUAGAGAAAAAGUAUUCCGAAACAAUUCCAAAUGAUUCAGUAGAUUUUUCGAAAAAAUGCCCAAUAUACAUUGAAUUAACUUCCAUUUUUUGGAAUUAAUUUCACGGCGUAAAAAUCACGCUUUACGUGCACAUCUGUUUAGAGGUCAAGUUCUGGUUUAAGCUGAGAUGGGCACAAUUCAAUCCAUACAAUUUUUCUAUGUGAAAAAUUAAAAUCUUCAAAUUGUAUGGCGGAAUCUGCCUUGAAUAGAACUUUUAUGGUUAUUGACCGUUGGCCAUCUCUGCAUAAAUAGCCCGCUUCACAUCUGAACGAUUUUGAUCGUAAUCCGUAAUAGACCAUAACUUUGCACCACUAAGACACGCAAUUGAAGGAGCAGCUCUUUAAAUACCUCGAAACAGUAAUGAGUAAAUUGAAGAAGAAUCAUGUUCUGGAACGAAGUCAGAAAAUAAUUGACAGCCUCAGAAAAAUGCCGGCACUUCACGAGAAUAUUUUCGACUCAAAAAUAUCUGGUGUUUGUUUUGUUUCAUUUUGUAUUUGUGCAUGGGAAUUGAAUAGAAUCAACAAACGAGAAUUUAAAAGCAAUUGAUUAUGCUACGAUAAAUCACAGUCACAACAGUUCAUUUUAGAAUCAAACGCAUUAACGGCAGCUGCAAAUUAUGGCACUAAAAAUGAGGUAAAUAUCAUGAGUGUAAAUAUUGCCUGGAAGGUAGAAACUUGGAAUGCAAAUCGCUUGAAUGUGGCAACAAGUGAGUACGACAUAACACACUUCGGUCUGCUACAACUUGUUCCAAAUGACAGUGUGAUCGCUAUCGCACACAAUACGAGCACAAGAUAUCUUUAUCAAGCCGCCGACUAGCAUUUGUUUUGUAUUUACUCUGAAUGAGUAGGCACAUAUCGUUUCUAUUUAAACAAUCCGCACACGGAGUGUGUUUUAGUUUGUGUUUCAACAGCACCGGUUCCAGUUAAAACAUUUGGAAAGAAAGAAAGAAUUAAGCAAAAAUGGCCAAUCCAAACGUUGAAGUUAAAUACACUAAGCUAUUCAUCAAUAAUAAAUUUGUGGAUGCUGUGUCGGGCAAGACGUUCCCAAGCAUUAAUCCAGCAACGGGUAAAGUGAUCGCUCAAGUUGCCGAAGGUGAUAAGGCUGAUAUUGAUUUUGCUGUUGCGGCGGCCAAAGAAGCCUUUAAAAGAGGUUCAGAGUAUCGUAAAUUGGAUGCGUCUGCCAGAGGAAAACUUUUAUGGAAAUUGGCCGAUUUGUUCGAGCGUGAUAUCAACAUCCUAGCCAAUUUGGAAGCAUUAGAUAAUGGCAAACCAUUCCAAAAAGCUAUCUUUGAUGUGUAUGGUUGUGUUGCAACAUUCCGAUACUUCGCCGGCUGGUGUGACAAAGCCUGCGGCAAAACAGUCCCAGUGGAUGGCGGCAAUUUUGCAUACACACGCAAAGAACCAGUCGGAAUUGUGGGACAAAUUAUCCCAUGGAAUUAUCCGUUGCUUAUGCUAGCUUGGAAAUGGGCACCGGUUUUGGCAACAGGCUGCGUCAGUGUUUUAAAACCAGCCGAACAAACCCCAUUGUCUGCAUUACACGCUUGCAAUCUUGCGGUUGAGGCUGGAAUCCCCGCAGGUGUAUUGAAUGUGGUUAAUGGUUAUGGACCGACUGCUGGCGGUGCGAUUACCUCUCAUCCAGAAAUCACCAAGGUUGCAUUUACCGGUUCGACUGAAGUGGGUCGCAUCAUUGCCAAAGCAGCCGCUGACUCCAAUUUGAAGAAAGUUUCCUUGGAAUUGGGUGGUAAGAGUCCGCUGGUCGUCAUGGAUGACGUGGAAAUUUCAGAAGCAGCGAAAAUCGCACACGAAGCAUGCUUUGAAAAUCAUGGUCAAUGCUGUUGCGCUGGUACACGUACAUUCGUGCACGAGAAAAUUUUCGAUGCUUUCGUUGCCGAAUCAACGCGAUUGGCACGCGAACGCAAAGUUGGAAGUCCGUUCGAUGCAUCGGUACAACAAGGUCCACAAGUUGACGAUGAAAGCUUUACCAAAGUUUUAAGUUAUAUCGAAAGCGGCAAGAAAGAAGGUGCUAAAUUGCAGGUCGGUGGAAACCGUAUCGGAAAUUGUGGAUACUUCAUCGAACCUACGGUUUUCUCAGACGUCACAGAUAACAUGUUCAUUGCCAAAGAAGAGAUUUUCGGUCCGGUGCAAUCCAUUUUGAAAUUCAAAACAUUGGAUGAGGCUAUCGAACGUGCCAACGCCACGACAUACGGACUUGCUGCCGGUAUUUUAACACACAAUUUGGAAAAUGCGUUGAUCUUUUCGAAUGCCGUCGAAGCUGGUUCCGUGUGGGUGAACUGUUUCUUAGCCAUUACGCCUCAAACACCGUUCGGAGGUUACAAACAAUCCGGUUUGGGACGUGAGUGUGGCGAAGAGGGCAUGGAACUUUAUCAAGAAACGAAAACUGUCUCUAUUAAGUUACCAAUCAACCACUAAACAACAUUUAUAACGUACACAUGUUUGAUGCUAUGCUCACAAGCAGAUUAUAUGUAUUCCAUAUAAUGAGUGACUGAGCAUUUACACAACAUAUAACUCCAUUUUAUAUCUUAUAUGCAUAUAUUUCAAUGUUCUUAGCGCUUCCGUAUAACUUUUCGGGUUUUCUUAAAUAUAAUCCGGUAAGAUUACGAUUGUAAUCGAUGUGUAAAUGCACGGCACAAGGGGAAAAUUGAAUAUUGUAACGCAAGCAUGAACGCAUGCUUAACGCAAGUGUACUAUCUAUGUAACGUAUACAUGUAAAUAAACAGUCUUACGACCGUUGUCAUAUCAACAA